AUGUCGAACAAUACGCGGCAGUCAGAAUCGAAUCCUGUGGUGUUUUUCGAUGUAGCUCUGGGUGGACAACCCCUCGGCCGCGUGAAAAUGGAGCUCUUUGCAGGAACAACACCCAAAACAGCCGAGAAUUUCCGCCAAUUCUGCACGGGUGAAGCCAAAAACAACCACGGCCGGCCGCAGGGUUACAAGGGCUGCAAGUUCCACCGUGUUAUCAAAGAUUUCAUGAUCCAAGGAGGCGAUUUCAUCAACGGCGAUGGCACGGGCAGCGCAACCAUCUACGGAUCCCAAAAAUUCGCAGAUGAGAAUUUCUCGUUGAAGCAUGACCGCGCGGGCCUGUUGAGCAUGGCUAACUCGGGGCCAAAUACAAAUGGAUGCCAGUUUUUCAUCACCACGGUGCCGACGCCCUUUCUCAACAACAAACAUGUUGUGUUUGGCCAGGUGAUUGACGGUAUGGACGUCGUGCGCAUGGUCGAGAAUACGCGGACUACCAGGGACAAGCCUAAUCAGGAUGUUUCCAUCGUACAAUGUGGAGAGAUGUAA